AGGAUCGGUUGUUUCGGCCCAUGAUACGAUAGCGCCACCCGUAAGUGGGGUACACGAAGUAGAAUCGUUCGCAAUCCUUCCCGGAAUGAUCGUCGUUUUAACCCGAGAUUGUUGUAGUUGUUUGAUGCUGACUUGCGUAUGGCAAGUUUGGUUUUUCGAUCGAACUGCACAUUCACCGACUUUUCCCACUUGAGAGCUGCACUCUUCCAACUCCUAUCGUGAAACAUAAUGACUACCCCCGCUGCAGCACCACCUGCAAGUGCAGGGCAACAGCAGCAACAGCCCCAACAACCCGCCCCAGCAGUCCCCCAACCUCUCCCCGUGACGACUUCCACCGCCGCUGCAAUAGCACCUCCUCCACCUGCAGUAGCCAAUACGAAGGAUAAUCAGGACGACGUCGGCCCAUUGGACAGUAUCUCCAAUGUCGGCUCUUCCGCCACCGCUUCCACCUCCUGGCAGGGAAUCGACUUCUCUUUACGUCCUCCAAAACCGCAACUUGCGUGCAACGUCGAGAACUACACCUACAAACCGUGGUACGCGUGGACGCGCGAAGAGGUGGCGUCUGACAGUUCUAUCAAGUAUUUCAGAAGAAAAAUAAAAGGCGUCGACUACGGAGAUGAUGACGAUGAGGAUGACGAAGGCGGAAACACGAAACAUUCAACAAAAAUCACCGCCGUUUCCUCCCUCGAGACCAGUCACGAAAUCGCGCGGGAAAGGGAGAAACAGGAAGAGGAGCUGAAAGUGAAGCAGAUGCUGCGGCGAAGCAGCUCGAUUUCCUCUUUUGUCAACCCGAUAGAGCUUUUUGGAAGGAGGAACAGCAGCAAUCAACUGGUGAUGCCGCCGAGCGGAGCAGGAGAUGCUGACAAAGACAAGAAGGACAAAAAAUCGGCGGUAAAAAACGACUCCUCCGACGGCUCGGUUUUGAAGCCUUCUUCUGCAACCGAGCAAGAGAAGAAAGACGGCCAACCGGCAAACCCGUCCGACGACACCACAAAAUCGGAUUCCAAUGACAAGAAGGAAGAAGAGUUUUCAGACCAUCCGCCCACCGUCGUCCACUUCGUUCUCGACGUGAACAGUUGGUCGGUGGAAACCGUCGAGGCGCGGGAAAUCCUGCACGCGAAAUUCACCUUCCACUGGUACUGGUGCGAUGAAAGACUGAUCGGCUACCCGCCGGAAAAAGAUCUGCCGAAAAAUGUCUGGCGGCCGGAAGUGAUGGCGUGCGCGGGCGUAUGAGAGUGCACAACUCCCCCUCGAGCCCCUCGUUUGUAGGGCAUGGGCAGCAAUACAAGCGGCGGCAACAGUGCAGGUUUUGAAUGACAAAUCCACCUCGGGUCGUAGUGCUGUUUGGGCUGCCAGAAUCUGUCAUGCAAGAAGUGCCAAGAGGCAACGGGCGCGUUUGGUAAUUAGCAUCACAAAUGAGGUGGAGGGGGAGUUAUGCGCGCUCAUAGGGGGUGAAGGUGGACGAGAAAUAUGAGACGAUGCCGAAGUUUCAGUCCGGCCCGCACCAGAAAUUCAACGGAGAGCUGGAGUUGUCGCUAGUCGCGACCUUGGAGCCGGGGUACGACAUGCAGAAGGACAUCCAGCGGCUACGGGUGUUCCCCUUCGACAGUCUCCGGUUAGAUUUAUCCGUGUCCUUACGACAGUGCACCACUCCCCCUCCGCCUCAUUUGUAUUGCAUCACCAGCAAUGCAAACGCCAGCGGCCCUGGAGCCUGUGCAUGACAAAUCUAUGUGCCUACUGUAGUACUGCUUGGGCUUUCGAAAUUUGUCAUGCAAACCAUGCCACAGGCAAGCGGCUGCAUUUCGAAUUUUGGAAGACAAAUGAGGGGGAGGGGAUGUUGUGCACUUUCAUAGCCCUCGCACAACCUGAAGCGGUUUGACGGCGUGAGCGAGAUCCAACUCAGGUUAGAUAGGAAGAAUCCGGGGGGCAGGAAGGACAAAGGACAUCCGCACCAGCACGUCAACUGGAUCUGCACGAAUAAGAACAGCGGGGAAUACGAGUGUGUGGAGUUGAGAUACGGGUUGGGGAGGUUGACGUGGAAGGAAAAAAGGAUUCCGCAGUUCUUGUUCUCCUUCUCGUUGAAAAGAACCGCGAAUUACUACGUGUUGAAGGGAAUAAUACCGCUGUAUUGCUCCAUGUUGUUCGGCGCCAUGAAUUAUUUCACGGAGGUGAAUGACUUGUCCACGCGGCUGCAGUCGUUAUUAGCGCUGUUCCUCACCUGUUUCGCGAUUCAGUGGACGUUGUUGGAAAGAUUGCCGAAGUUCCCGUUUCUAACCGUUUUGGACAAUGUCGCGUACUCCGUGGUGAUCGCGUUGUUUUUAAUGGGCUCCGGGUUCUGCAUUGCUUAUUACACUUGCAGGGAGCGACUCGUGAUCGAAGACAGUGAAAUCGUCUGCGGGAGCUCCACUAGCGGGUCCGCCAGCAGUCCGUCGAUCGGACAGAAUUCCCCCUCUGGCGGCUCCACCGGGCAAACAACGACCUCGAACGCGUGUGCAACCGCGAACAGUCAGUCCGGGGUGAUGACUACGAAAACGACGAAGGAUUUUUUCGUGCGGUUCGACUUGGACAAGGGGGAAUUAGUGGAUAAAAUCUCCAUUUUAGUCGUCGCCGUGUACGUCUUGAUCUACUGCAUCGGCUACAAGUUUUUUUACACGGUGUUUUUCAGUAAGAAAACGCGGAACGGGGGAGCGUACAGAGCGUGGCGGGACGGCGCGGAUUUGCGGAAUAAGUAUCAAAUGCAAAUAUAUCUGGGUCUGGAAGAAUGCAAGAUUUGUCAUGCAUAUUUCUCAGGACCCAUGAUGCCUGUACUGCAUGACCUAGCAUCACAGACGUUUGGAGGGCUUUCUGAUGCGCCUUCCGCAUGAGAAAUACCCUGCCCGUGUAGUACAAAUUGGAUCCCUCUUGCUGGUGAUGCAAUACAAAUUUUUCUACAAUCCGAAAACAGCAUGACAAGUUGCAACCUUUCAGACCCAGACAUAUGUGCAAUGCAUAAUAAGUAUUUUAAACCGAUUCGGGCUUGGUGUCUGAAGCUAGAUGACGCGUUCUUCCGCGGAGGAGUGUUUUUAGGGAUGGGCCGAGGCCAAGGUCGCGUGGCCGCACAGGUCGACUUCAUUCGUCGGGGUCCACCACCGAAUGCGGAAACAGGACGCGUCGUCCGGGUUCACCUUUCUUGUGUCGUGCCGGAUAAAAGUACCUCCAGGGCAGCCCUCGGCAUUGUCCUCGUUGUGGUCGGAUAA